ACCGCUCUACUAUUUGUUUCGAUUGCUUUGCAUUUUUUUGUCAAUGCAGUAUGUAUAAUUUGAGAUUUUGGAAAACGAUCUUCUCUUUAUGUUUUCAAUAUAUGUAUUUAUAGGUGUGUUAUGUGUUUAGUGUGUAUAAUAUGUAAGCAUACUUGCUAAAUUUUAUUCAAACACAUGCUUUGACAUUGAGCUCGGAGGUAGGGAUUUCAGUUGUAUGAGGUAGUGUUUGACUCUUCUAGAGUUUGAUGUUCUGUUCCACUUUUUAGGUACUUGAUUGAUUAUGUUAUUGUUAAUCUGGUGCUGUGACUUAAGGGUGUGUUUGGUUUGUCUUAUAACAUCAGUUAGUGUGUGUUAAAUGGAGUUAUCAGAUGUUUGGUUUGGCAUUUAUAGUUUUCGACAGGCCCAAGUUAAAGAGAGAGGCCCGCCUUAAAUGUUCAGAUAGUGCCAUUUAGCAUAUCUUCCAAAAUUGGUCUGAUACAUAUCUGACUUGUUCAUAUUGAUUGGAAAUUUCCCCAAUUAACCCCAAGCCUGCGAUUUUUCUUGCCCAACAAUUCAAUUUGACGACAUUUUCGCUCCUCUUCCUUCUUCGCGUCGGAGAAGACUGACCCAAGGAGAAAGCUCGCUAAUUCCGGCAAUGGCGGCAAUUUUCAGUUGACGAGAAAUUGCUGAAUUUCUUCCCCAUUGCUGAAUUGCUGAAUUUCGAGCUUACCUCCUUCGAGAAAACGUGGUGCUUGGCUUUGAGAAAGAGUUUCAACCGAUGAAUGGUGAAGAUGCAACCGCUUGUGUUAAAAAAUGGGUGAAACAUAAAAAUUUCAUGGGCAAAAAUGUCUUUUUCAUAUCUCACUUUUGCUAAAUGGGAAACCAAACAUCAAAUACCAAAUAUCAAGAAAUGAUAAAUGUUAUGGACUGGAUAUCAAUAUGGAAAAAGUGGAAGAUGUGUUGUUACAUCAAAAGCUUCUUGCUAGUGCAAAGGAUCCUGACAAUCGACCUGUUUUCCACAUCCGUUUACUAGAGCAUGCUUGCACUAGAGAUGAUGAUUUUGAAGGGGAACAAAUUUCAAGUGCUCUUCCUGCCUCAUUUCCACAUUAUACUAAUAAUGGUGUCCACUCGUCAAAUGAAAGGAAUUCUGGGGGUGACUGUGAGACUUGUUCUAGGCUUGAGGAUCUGAAUCUGGAUGUUAGGAAGGAUUCUAAUGACGUGAACAAGGAAAUUUCUCCUGAAGGUUUUGUGCAAAGGGAGGAAGCAUCAUGCUUACCAAUUCAUGAGAUAAUAUUUUCAACACUUGACAAACCAAAACUUCUCAGUCAGCUAUCUGCUUUGCUCUCUGAUGCUGGACUAAAUAUCCGUGAAGCUCAUGUUUUUUCCACAACAGAUGGCUACUCCUUGGACGUAUUUGUUGUUGAUGGAUGGCAUUCUGAGGAUACGGAAGGAUUAUACAACAUGAUGAGGAAAGCAAUUGCUGAGAGUGAGGGAUCAUGGUCUGGUUCUUCACGAUCUCAAUCAAUUUUGGAGAAAGCCAUUGCUGCACAAAGAAAUUCUGAAGAUUGGGAAAUCGAUUGGCGAUUGUUGAAGAUAGGGGGAAAAAUUGCAUCUGGAUCAUGUGGAGAUCUGUAUCGCGGAGUAUAUCUUUGUGAAGAUUGUGCUGUCAAGGUACUGAGAUCCGAGCAUUUGAAUAACUCUCUGGAGGCAGAGUUUGCACAGGAAGUUGCUAUUCUAAGACAGGUACAGCACGACAAUGUUGUACGUUUCGUUGGUGCUUGCACAAAGUUGCCACAUUUAUGCAUAGUGACAGAGUACAUGCCCAGAGGGAGCCUUUAUGAAUAUUUGCAUAAAAAUCAUCCCUCGUUGAAGCUCCCACAGUUGUUGAAAUUCGCAAUUGAUGUCUGCAAAGGAAUGGAGUACCUACACCAGAAGGAUGUUAUUCACAGGGAUCUGAAAACUGCAAAUUUGCUUAUGGAUUCUUUCAGUGUUGUUAAAGUGGCAGAUUUUGGAGUUGCUCGGUUCCAGAACAAUGGCGGGGUUAUGACUGCAGAAACUGGAACAUACCGAUGGAUGGCACCUGAGGUGAUAAACCAUGAACCGUAUGACCAAAAAGCAGAUGUUUUCAGUUUUGCCAUUGUUCUUUGGGAGCUUGUGACAGCCAAGGUACCUUAUGAUAACAUGACUCCUCUACAAGCUGCCUUAGGAGUGAGACAGGGACUUCGACCGGAACUCCCAACGAAUGCACAUCCGAAAAUAAUAAGCCUGAUGCAGAGAUGUUGGGAAGCCGUUCCUAGCGAGCGGCCUUCAUUCAGCGAGAUCAGAAUCGAGCUGGAGGCACUCCAGCAGGAAGUAAAUGUGUGUGCAACAAAUUCAUGCUAAAACUCUUGAACAACACAACCUCAUUGAUGAAUGAUAGUAUAUUGCCAAUUUUGCUGGAUGCACCUAAUGGCUGCUAACAAUCAACAUACAGUGGACGUGGUUCGAUACUAACGAGUGAGUGCUUCUCUAAUUCUCCUCAUCGAUUAUUGAUACGACUAUAGAGGUAAAUGGAGGAACAUAAGUAUAUUUGUAAUAUAGAUCAUAGUUAGUAUGAUGCAGUUUUUUGGUAGGAAGCUAACACCAAUUUCUGUACCUGUAAUAUAGAUCAUAAGUGAGUGGUUUCCACGGUUUCAGGAAUGCAAAUAUAUCCAAAUUGGUAUUUCACAAAAA